GGCAACGUCCGCUACGAAGUGGAGCUCAAAGUCUACGGCACGAACGCCUCCUGGGCGGCCAUCCCAAACUGCGUGAAGAUCUCGGGGCGCUCCUGCGACCUCACGUACUACACCCUGGAUCCUGCCCUGCGCUACUACGCACGGGUCAGGGCUGUGUCCGGAAACCGCACGUCCCCGUGGCAGAGGACCAACUCUUUCUCCCCUCAGGAAGCCAACCUGCGCCUGUCGGGCCAGAGCCUCUCUGUGACGGGCAACACCGUCCACGUGCAGCUGCAGCUGCUGCUCAGGGCGGGGAACCUCACCGUGAAAUACGACGACAUACAGAAGUACACGAGGCGUUACCGGGUGUACAUCAGGAGGGUGCAGGACAAUCGGACGUAUGAAGUGGUGGAGACCGCCCCAGAGUUCAACAUCAGCAGCCUCUUCUGGGACACGGAGUACUGCAUCAGCGUGGAGCCCGACGUGGCCAGCCGGCACACCCGCACCACGCGCAGCGACGAGCAGUGCGUCGCCAUCGGCAAGAGAGACAGGAGCGCGGAGCUUGUCCUGAACAUCGCCAGCUCCUCCUCCAUGACCCUGUUGCUCCUGGGCCUCCUGGGGGCUCUGCUGGUGUGCACCUACAUAAAGAAACCCAUGAGGCCGCCGUCCGUCCUGAAGUCUUUCAUAAAGCAGAGCUCGCUCUGGGUGGAGCAGGAGUCCUCGUCCUCGGGCAGCCUGGAUGCAGACCGUGUCCAGCAGCUGUUCCUGUGCUACAAGCGGCAGCUGCCCGCGGGCGACGACAGUGGCGUGGGCUUGGAGACCACCUGCCCUCACCCCACGUGCUCCUCCAGCAGCGGGAACGCCAGCCCCACGGACGCCAGACAGCCCUGUGGAGGGGAGCUCAGCCUCUCCCCCGCCGCCGGCCAGGACAGCCAGCAAGACGUGGAGUUCCGUGGGUACCUGCAGCAGUCCAAGGGCACCGUGGAGCUAAAGCAGGACCCAGCCAAGUGGGUCCCCUUCUCGGGCUGUGCAGGAUCCCCCCAGGGCCCAGGCAGCACUGACAUCGUGCUGGACGUAGAGUGCUCUGAGCUGGUGGUGGCCAAAGGGUACUUGAAGCAGUCCUCUCCUGAGCAUCCCUGCAGCCACACACAGGACCUUGCUCCUUGGGAGGAUCCUCGGGAGCUCGCUGCCUGGGACUUUUCCAGCCAGGUGGGGCCCCAAGUCCCCACUCUCCUAAACUACGGGGCUCCAGAUGCUCCCUUAGCCUCCAAAGCCAGCCCUGAGCUCAUGAAAUCUCCCUUCGACCUGAGCAUCUUCAACACUGAUCUCCUGGGGACGCUGCCCCUCAUCUCCAGCCUCAGCGCCAACAAGUGGCUCAUGGUGCAAACCAACCCUCUGAGCCUGCUCGGAGGGGGAA